GGGAACAGCACUUGGCUCACGCACCGGCCCCGGCCCCGCCUGGACCCCCGCCUGGACCCUCAGCCGCCCGCAGCCAUGGCUCCUCCGCCCUUCUGGGGGCUGCUCCGCUUGGCUGCCCUCUGCCAUCUGACCGCACUGCUGGCCGGACAGCACCUCGGUGUGAAGAAAUGCAACACGACCUGCAACAGGAUGACCUCGGAGAUUCCCGUGGCCUUACUAGACCACUACCAUCGAAAUCAAGAAUCCUGCGGCAAGCCUGCUAUCAUCUUGAGGACGAAAAAGAACAGAACCUUCUGUGCUGAUCCAAAGGAGAAAUGGGUUCAGAAAGCCAUAGCACAUCUAGAACGCCAGACUGCUGUUCCAAAUCGAAAUGGCGGCACGUUCGAGAAGCAAAUCGGUGUGGGUGAGCCCAGGACCACCCCGGCCGCCAGGGGAAUGGACAGGCCUGCGGUCACAGAGCCCAAAUCCACCCAGGAAAACAGUGGCCAGGAGGCACAGAGGGCCUCGGGGACUUCCUCAGAGCUGCCAACAGGAGUGGCUGAUUCCUGGGGGACCAGGUUCCCCUCCACUCCAAAGGCUCCGGAUGGAGGACCUCCAGCUGGGUCCCAGAAAACUGAGUUUUUCAACGCUGCUACCCUCACCACCGCAACGUCCUGGCAGAGUUCUGCUGCCUACAAACCCGGGUCGGGCCUCUGGACGGAGGGAAAGGCCUCUGAGGCCCUCCCCACCCAGGCCCCCUCCACCCAGGCCCCCUCCACCGAGGCCCCCUCCACCCAGGCCCCCCCUACCCACACCCCCACCAUUUCACACACAGCCUCAGAGGACAGUGUUGGCCCUGAAGGCCAACCUGUGUGGGUCACAGGAGACAAUCCCAUGCCAGAGAACUCUCUAGGGCCUGAGGAGAUGGAUCCCACCUCAGCUCACACGGAUACUUUCGGGGGGCCUGACGGCACGCCCCGUCUCUCCACGGUCCCUGUCUCCUCUCAAAGGGUCCCCAGCAGGGAGCCAGUGGCCUCAGGCAGCUGGACCUCCAAGGCGGAGGAGCCCAUCCAUGCCACCGUGGACCCCCAGAGGCUGGGUGUCCUCAUCACUCCCGUCCCCGACUCGCAGGCAGCUACCCGGAGGCAGGCGGUGGGGCUGUUGGCCUUCCUUGGCCUCCUCUUCUGCCUGGGGCUGGCCAUGUUUGCCUAUCAGAGCCUCCAGGGCUGUCCCCGCAAGCUAGCCGGGGACAUGGUGGAGGGGCUUCGCUAUGUCCCCCGGAGCUGUGGCAGCAACUCCUAUGUUCUGGUGCCAGUGUGAGCUGGCCCCCUGCCUGCCUCCAGUUGUUCGGCUCCGACAGCUGCCUGGGGUCCCCCGUCCUCACACCCACCCUCACCCAAGGGCCUGACCUGAGCUGGGGUGAUCAGAGCGAGGAGGCAGGCUCUUCCACGCGCAAUGGCUCCCGGCUCCCGGGCAUACGCCAGGAGGCCACCCUUGAUCGCUGUUGACCCCCUGGGGACAGAAGUGGUGGCCUCUGCAACUCACCCCAAUGUCCCCAAGUCAGGAAACUUCUGCUGCUGGCUGGUGAGAGGUUCCCUUUGACACAGUCCCAGACCCGAUGAACAAUUAUUUAUUAGAAAAUGCCCAGCCCCUCGGGGUCACAUCCCCAUCUCACAAAUGAGCCUCAGGCCAGGCCCCCUCUGCCCGCUCCCUCAGACCUCAUCGUGUCUCUCGGUCCCGCUGCAGUCGCCAGUCACCCCGGCCACCUGCGGUGCUAUCUCCCCCGUCCCCUGUACAGAGCCCACACCCAGCCGGGGACCUGUCUUUUCUUGCAUGAGCCUAGUGUGGUGUUCCCUGGGACUGCUCCCGGGAAGGCUCUGCCCUCCGUUAGGCAUCGUGGGAAGGGGACAUGAAGUGACCUGGUGGCUUGGAUGGUUUUUCUUCUCCCCAGUCGAUGCCGUGCGUUGGCGGAACCUCGGCUGUGGGUGUGAAGGCUGGGGUUCUCGGCCCAGGUCCACCACCAACCCAGCAGGACAUUCGUACCUCUGCUUCUCCGUCUGUGGAAGGAAGGAGACGUGGCAAAUGUGUGACGAUAACUUGUACACUGAUGGGCAUCACUCAUUGAUCCAGAGACCCCUGUUCGCAGACCGGGGGUGUAGCCUCACCACAGAAUACCCUAGCCGGGCUUCACCCAUCAGGGAGCCUGGCACAUCGGUGGGCCCUGUGCCUUCAGGGGGUGGGGGGGGUGUGUCAAGGAAGGGAUCUGAAAGCUCAGGUCCUGCUCCGUGGGAGGGAGUCAGCUCUGUGGGCCCCCUGAGUGGGGACUGGGGGGGGUGCUUGAGGGGCAGGCCGGUGCCUGGCUUGGAGAGCAGCCCUCCCAGAGUCCACCAGGCUCGCAGGGACGUGGAGACAGCCUGUGGGACAGGCUGAGGAGGAGGGAAGGCCUGCAGGCUCCUGGGAAGGCUGAGGUGCUCAGGGAAGGGAACCCGGGGGUGGGGAGGCUGCUGGGAGCAGCUCCAUGCCCGAGUCAGGGACUUGGGCCCCGGGCGUUUGCUGUUUCUUUCCUGCAGCCUGGCUUCCCCCCCUGCCCCGUCUCUCGCUCCCUAAAAACACUGCUGUCCCCAUUCCAGGAUCUUCCCUCACCUUCCUGCCCACCACAGGCAGGGCUAGGGAUUUCCAGGACAUCUUCCAUGAGAUCAGAACCCACCGUUGAAACUUGAGGUUUCGUGUUUACCUCUGAAAGAGACUCCGUCCUAUGGGGAGGGAAGUUGUGGGCACAAAGUCAGGGUUUCCCUUUUUGGCUGCUGGCCUCACCCCUCAGGGUCCCUGAUGGCAGCUCCCCACCUUCCUCAAAGGUCCCCGUAGGUGACCCUUGCCUUCCUCUACCUGGGGAGCCUCCCACGGACCAGGGUGGGUGACACUCCACUUGUCAGAUAGAUGCUCAGAGGAAGCAGACACAGCUCUGGUCCACAGAGAGGGGGCAGCCACCCGAGUCCACCCAGCCCUCCUGCACCCCCUGCUGGGCAUGACCUGGGAUGUUGGGGCCUGGCUCUAGUGGGGGGCACUCUGACGGCUCAGAGGGCAGGCAGCCGGUCUGAAUGCACUUUUGGGGGUUCCUCGAGGCUGGUGGGAGACCCUUCAAUGGGUGGAGCUCUCCUACUUUUGUGAGCAAUUAGCUGGGAGCAGCUAGUCCCCCUUCCACGGAUUUGAUUAGUUCUCCCAAGCAGGACACGGACAAGGACAAUUUGGGGGGAACUUUGGAAGGAGUUGGUUGAUCCUUUUGCUUUUCCAACCCUAUCACCAAUGUCUGUGCCAUUUUGUAUUUUACUAAUAAAAUG